GUAGGGAGGCCAUGAUUGAAAAGAGAAGGGCUCGGAAUGAUUAUUAUCGAAGAGAGGAAAGCCCAGAUAUGGCAUUAAAUGAUGAUGACUUGUUGGGAGGAGAUGAUUAUGCAUCUAGGAUCGCUGCACGAAAUCGUGCUAGGGGUGCACGUGAUAACAAGAAACGCGAAUAUAAAGCUGAAAAAGAAGCAGAUAAGCAACAACGAGCAGUUGCUUAUCAAUCUAAAGAAAAGGAAACUUUAGAAAUGUUUAGAAGGAUGGCCGAAGAAAAUCGAAAAACAGGAAGUGGGAUGUGGGGUCAAUAUAAAGAUUCCUAG